AUGGAUGCUCUGUACAAUGACACACUCGGUUUCACUAAAGUCAUCGCUAUAAGCCUUCCCGAGCGCACCGACAAGCGAGAUGCCCUUAGCCUCAGCUCAGCCCUUACAGGGUUCAAAAUCACCUGGCAGGAUGGCGUCAAAGGCGAGACCAUACCCGACAAAGCCUUACCAGUUGGCUGGAACCGUAAAGGAGGCGCAAAGGACACGAAUGUAGGAUCCUGGAGGGGCCACAUCAAUGCAAUGAGACGUAUCAUCGACGAUGAUCUACCGUCGGCACUGAUAGUCGAGGAUGACGUGGACUGGGAUGUGAAUAUCAAAUCUCAGCUGUAUAGGUUCGCACUGGCGGCAAGAGAACUGCAGGCUAAGAGAAGCUGGCUUCACGAGGAUCCAUAUCUUCACAAGAAUAAUCCUAACCCUGUGGCGCAAUCCCCGUAUGGCCAAUACUGGGAUCUGCUCUGGCUCGGAUCAUGCCAAGCCUCUUUCAACGCGGAUCUGCCAGAAGACCUAUCGAUUCCCAAAGACCAACAAGACAAUCGCCAAGUACUGAUAGAGAACGAUGACACAGUACCCUCGCAGAAACAUCGAUCAGGAAACAACCGCUUCGAAUGGGACGCAUAUCCGAACAACACGCGCAUCGUAUAUGUCCAGGGCGAUCACAUUUGCACCUACGCCUAUGCGCUGACACAGCUAGGUGCGAGAAGGGCGUUGGAAUACAUGUCGCUCAGAGGCCAACACAAGAAUUUUGAUCACCACUUGAGUGAUCUUUGCCGCACGAUGGGAAAUGGAAUGCGGUGUAUUGGGAUUGUGCCGAGCUUGUUUGUACAUCAUCGUCCGAGAGGGUUGGUUAGUGGUGACUCGGAUAUUGGAUAUGGUGCCACAGUUGGCGCUGUGAGUCCUGCAUUCAGGGAGACUGGCAGUACAAACGGUAUCUUGUAUAGUACGAGAUUGAAUUUGCAGAGGCUGCUUAGGAGUGAGAAGCCAGAGAUGCAGUGGGAUGAUUAG